AUGUAUCGUUGGCAGAUAUUCGCGCUACUGCUGCUGUCUAGCGGCGGUGUCAUUAGUUUGACACUGGCCAGCGUGUUUCAAGUGUUUUCUAUACCGUUGGAAACGGUGGACGUUGGUGGUUACUGUGAUCGAUUAGCCGACCAGCUAACGAGUGUGGAUUCCUCGAUCAUAUUGCUACAAGUUGGACGACCAAGUAAGGCAUUCGAAGUUGUAUCCGGCGAUCGAAACACAACCACUGCUUCGAGGUGUGAGUUUUUGCCGAGUGACACGAGAAUUGGUGAGGAUCCCAACGCAUUGGAUCUUAUUGUGCAGCAAAUACAGGACGACGUUAUCGCAGUAAAAAGGCAUCACAUCGUAGAGUAUAUAACCCUUCUCACGGCGGACGGUGAAUAUCUGCUGACCCUUGAGCGUACGGGUGAUUUGGAAGAACCGAUUGGUCUGGAACCAAAGUUUGGUGGCGUUAGUGCGAAAGAGAAGCUACUCCUCUCACUCGUCGGUGGCGGUAGUGGUGGGCGUGUUAAGAGCUUCGAGCAACUUAAAAAACCCUAGUCCUUUUGCGACCUUUCGCAUCAAAGAUGGCAGGUUUUCAAGAAGGCCUUACG